AUGGCGUUCUUGCAUGGUGUUCUCCAGACUGUGAAGGAGGAUGAGAGCGUUACAACUUAUGAUAAUGAUAAGUCUAAUGACAUUAAUAAUGUUCUUGACAAUUUACAUGAUAAUGUAGGUAAAGGCCGUGAGGCCUUCGGUGAAGCCGUGACUCAGGUGGACACAUUGACCAAGAAUGUUACUACUCCAAUUGCACGUCUGAAAACGCAGAUUGGAGACAAUAUGAAGAAGAUUGAAGAUGAAAAGGACAACAGCCUUAUUGUCCAAGUCAACGAGUGGAGUAAACGAGCCGGACAGUAUAUCCGUCUGGCGGAGCAGGCCGAUGAGGCCAGGGAGAAAUUGGAUCCACAACUCUCAGGUAAGUUACAUAAUAACAUAUCAUUGCUGUUGCAGGCGACGAAGGCUUUUCUGAUGUCAGCGGGGAACGACGACUUGAAGGCGAUAUAUGAGACGGCGCGGGGGAAGAUGGAGGACGUUGUCAAAUAUGUGGAGGGAAAAUUUGAACACAGCAUUGCGCAGCUAAAAUUAUACUUAGAAACAUAUAUUGGUAAUCUACGUACUAAACUUGAGAAUUUGCAAAAUAUGGAAUUCGCUGAGUUAGUUAAAUCUGUCAACGUGGAACUUUAUGACGCAUUGAAAACAGUGAGUCAGAGUGUUGACACAGUUAUAGAAAGGUAUGGAAGACAGAUUGUUCCAGGAGUUGAAGAUAUUUUGCAAGAUGCGAGGAGCCUUAAAGAUUUGGUCUUACAAGAGAAAAGGAUCCUUAAGGAGCAGGUGGCGAAUUUGGGUCAUCGGAUUACGGCACUUUGUAAGGUUGGAAACACAGUGAAGGAGCAGGUGCCUAGUGAUGAUUUGGAGCGGUUUAGGAAUGACCACGAUGAUACAUGGAAUUUGACUAAGGAAAUCAGUCAGCUUAAGAACCACAUUGUGAGCCAGAUGAAGCAGCAUGUUUGUCAUGAGAUUCUUAAAAAAAUUGCAACGCAAGUUGCAACGAUUAAAACAGAGAUUGGGGAAGUAACUACGAGCAAAAACAACGCAAAAAUUGGAAAAGGUAUAAUGAAGGAGUGGGAGCAGCUGAGAGCGGAGGUUUCGACGUCGGUUCGUCUGCUUAAAGGGACUGGAAGCGAUUACAGUGGUCUUAAUGGUAUUAAAUAUAAAAUUGCAGAUUAUGCGAAUUUGUUCAAAAACAAUUUUAACAAAUUAGUCGGAAGUUGGCUUGAAAAGAUAUUGGCACAUAAUGGCCUAGUGAAAGACAGAUUACAGAGUUAUGUCAACGCAAAUAAAAGUGGGAAGCUAAAUCCUCAAUUUAGCAAUGUAGCUAAAAUAACUGAUGAGGUGAAAAGUAAGAUUAUUGACAAAAUUAACGAAUUUACCGGUGAUAUCAUCACCCCUGCUACUCAAGUAUUCAAAGCCAUUACUCCAACGGAUGCCAGCAUUAAGGAAAACAUUGACGCAGUUACAAAGUGCUGCGAAACGUUCGCAGGUGCACUGGAAGCAAAGAUUAAGAGUAAGGCAGACAUUGACGCUUUCAUAAAGGACAUAACGGACACAAUCGAGAAGACUAUUUUGCAAACUCCGGGUCUCCGUGUCAAUCCUAUUUUCCUUAAAAUCGCGGUUGAAGACACCCUUGUUGCUCUCUCUGCCGCAGCCAGGCGUGUUGCCAAAAUGCUUAAAUCGUUCACUACCAAUAAUAACAAGACCCCCUCUUUCAACCUAAGCGCCACCGUGGAACUGGCUAUAGCAAAUGUCGAAUCAAUCAAUAAUAUACUUGGGGACGAGACUGGCAAUGGCAAUGCGCCAGGCAGUAUAAUAACUAGGGCGCUGGACACCGUGAAGACUGAAAUCACGCAGCUCCAUACCAACCUCGGAAAGGCCCUUGUAGAAGCCAAUCCCGAUCGCGUACUUCGAUACAAUCUAGGUCCUAUCGCCGAGCAAGUCAAGGCCGUGAACACGAAGCUCAAUGAGGAGGCAGUCAACAAUCCACUCAAAGACCUCCUCAAAGAGGCGUGUACCAAAGGCAUCACGGAGCUAAAUAAGAGAGUUACUGACAUUGUCGGUACAAACGUGAAAGACGCUAACGAUACGCUCGAGGGUAUUAAGUCGGAACUUGUAAAGCUCCAGACUGAACCCGGUGAAAACAGUGUACCCGAAGGCGUAUCUGGCGGUAAGUCUCACCUUGAAAAGGACGCUGGAGCACUUCACUCCAGGAUCCAGGAGUUUUUAAAAACUAAGGUUGGUGAAAAUGGACGGAGUGCAGAUACUGUCUACAAAGAUCUAGUUGCUGUGAGGUAUGCUAUAACGUCUCUUGGCGAAAAAGUUGUUGACGUUAGCACGAAAGUUGGAGCCGUUGGCGACAAACUUAAUGAGUGCAUUGCUGAUGUCAACACCCUGCUUAAGUACGCCCCCAAAGUGGCAAGCCGUACUAUGAAAACGCUCCACACAGAUGUUAAUGCAAAAAUCACAGAAGGCUUCGAAGCCAUCCAAUACAAAGCCAAAGACCUCUACAAAAAGCGGAAGACUGAAGAAAUCACCGCCUUACAAAAUAUCGUCACCACUCAGCUCGAUGAAAUCAAUGGCAUCAUUUUCACAGACGGCUCAACUGGCACAAAAGGGUUGUUGAACGCCGUGAGCAAUAACCUUAAGGCGUACAUCGACACAGUACAAUACACAGAUUUUAAUAAAUUGUCCAAUGAUAUUAAAUCGUUGCUCGAUCCAAUCUGUGAUUACGUUUCACGCCAAGUCCAAUCCAAAUCCUCCCAGUCCCACUCCCCCCAAGUCGACCGCCUCAAACAGCAACUGGACAACUUACUCAACGGCCUAAAAAACUCCAGCAAAGAUAAAUUGUAUCACUUCGACCAUACGUUCACUUCUGACCUAGCCGCACUUAACGAAGCGCUUUCACUGCUAACCCCGCAAAAGUUCAACGGCCACCAGCACCCUGAGCUGCUCGACGCGCUAACCGCUGGAGCGAAGCGACUGGCGGACGAACUGGACAAACAGUACGUGAACAGGUACAGCGGACUGAAGUGGGCAGACAUUGGCGAGCCUGAUAGAGAAAAGUGCGCCAAGGUGUUGCUUACCAUCUUCACAAUUGUUCACAACGACCUUAAUAAGUUGAAAACUAAGUGUGAAUCCAAAUGGUCCACCAAGCAAAUUAACUCCCUCACCGAGCUGGGCCUUUUCCUACAAGGAGCAGGAUACGAUGUAUCUGCCAGUAGGGAAAGGGAACAUGCUGAGUUACAAAAUUCACGAGAUAUGACGGGUCAAAAUAUUAUCGGCAGACUUGCUAACUCAAUCGAAAAUACUCAAACCAUUACACAUCUCACUCCGUGCAUAAAAGAGAGGCAUUACAAAUCGCAGAAAAACAAAACAAAAUUCCAUGUCAUGGACCUACUUGCCUGUCUUACCACUCACCUUAAUGAAUACAAUAGAGUGUGUCAUCUCUCCACUUCGUUCUCCAAAAGAUCACCGUGCUCUGUAAAUGAGAUGUUGUGUUGGCUCUCCGGUCUUCCUCACAACCAUAUAUACCCGAAACUUAAAAGUCACAUUACGUCUUUGUUUGAAGUGGAGGACAAGUCAAAUCCACCUAACAAAAUUGUUCAGCCCGUAGAUGCAUACCCCUCCCAGAUUACAUAUAGACAUGUACAUGAUGCACUUACGCAUAUGGUUUCCCAUUCUCAGACUCUCCUCUGCACUAUUGUCGGUCAUGGUGACUCCCAAACCACUUAUGGCUGUGACUUCACCAGUAACGCACUUCGAUUGACAUAUUCCUCGAGUCCUGCUACGUGCUUUGAUACGCUAGUUGACGUCCUUCGCCGACUCUACUCUCCACUUAAAUUCCUACAAAUACAAUGCAAAUACAGUGCCAGAGAUUUCGGCUGGCGUGACUGUUCGUACGGGAAUACCGUAGACUACUCUAACUGGCAGUGUAAGAACCACUCAAGCACCAAACCACAAUGCCAACCAAAUGACAAACCAAAUUGCCAACCAACGUCCCCUCUAAUGAGCUACCUAAAUGACUGUCUUCCUGGCCAUUUGCCUCACGAACUUACAUCUAUUGGUUGUACAUCUGUCUGUUUAACGUGUCCAAAGGUUAAGAAAGGUAUGCCUUGUCUGACCCCGUUAGGAUUCAGGCAAUUCUCCGGGUCAUCUAAAAUCGGUUCCGAUUUGUGUUCAGUGCUUGAUGACAUGUGCGAAAGCCAUGGAGUGCUCAGCACACUUUACUCAAUGAUUAAUUGCCUCGUUACCCGUCCACCGCAGACGCUAUGUGACGUAUUCACAUUCUACUGUCGACUCACGCAAUCGUGGAAUGUGAUGAACGAAUUGCAAGAUAUUCGUGAUCCCAUCCAGAAAGCCGUCUGUGAAGAAAUCACGGACACUGUAUCGUGUAAGUAUGAUGAUGCCAAGGAGCUGCUUAAUUCUUGCCGUGAAUUGUAUAAUGGCACAUCGCAUAGUAAGCACGAUCUGAAUGCUCCUGAUCUCAUGUAUUUAGUCGGCUGCACUGAUAAACAACGCUGCGGCGGCUUUAUGGUGUCACUGAAUUACGCCGCUUACUCUACCCUGGCGCCAAAGUAUGCCAAGAAUUAUUUGUCGUAUUUAAUAUACACUGGGCCUAAGCUUCAAAAGUUCCUAGAGGAACUUAAGGAAUCACUUUGUCGCAUCUCGUGCUACGACUCUGGUUGUUCGACGUGCAUCAGCAGUGCCGGCUGCCAAGUAGGCAAGCAUGGUACUACUCCAUGUGGAUCUUCAUCAAUGAUAGAAUGCAGAGGUGUGUUGUCGGUAUUCUAUCAGUAUGGUAUUACAUUUGCUGACAUCUCUCUCGCAAGCAGAAAACGGUGUCAUCACUUACAAAAAGCAAUUGAUGGUAUAUUGAAUUCUGAGUUGUUAAAGAAUUUCCUCGAAGCAAUCGACAAUUUCUUCUUGGCAGUAAGAAAAUAUUUCAUCUGGACAUUACUCACCCUCUGGUCCCUCUCUUUGCUCUACCUGCUGCACAUCACCGUCGUCCGCCUCGACGUCCUGAGGAUACGCUCCCACCUGAGGUCACCCUCAAGCCACCGCAUCGCCGCGCAGUCGCUCCUCGCCGCCGCACGCGUCAAGGCACUCGCCAACGUCAAGUACUUCUCACCGUGA